GAAAAUUUACUUUACUGCUUUGAAUGAACAAAAUCACAUGGUGCUUUCUUGGGCUGUCUUGUUUCGACGUGAUCAGAGUAAUACAACUUUUUUUCUUUUGCAGGUACUUGUCGGUCAUCGGAUUUGUCAUCAAUAUUGACACGUUGAUGCUGAUGAUUCCUGAACUGCUUCAAGUUCAGCGGUAUGUGCUCACCUACAGGUUCAGCCAGGAUCACUUGGAGCUCCUAUUUAAUUCAAUCAGAGCGUCAGGCGGCUGGAAUAACAAUCCAUCGGCACGCCAGUUCCAGGCCAUCUUCCGCCGUCUGAUGGUUCGGUGUGGUGUCUCACCUGGUGAGACGGGCAAUGUGGCAGCCCAAGAUAACACUGUGUCCCUGUCUGCUGUGGAGAUGUCCUCUCCUGAAACUGCUGAAGAACACCCAUCUCCUUUUGCCAACAUUUCGGCCCUUGUGUGUGACCACAGUUAUCUCCCCACUCGGUUUGGUGGUCUGGUGGAAAAUGCUCUGGUCUACAUAGCAGGGUUUGUAGUCCGGCAGAUUCUACGAAAGCUGUCCUGUGAUGUGUGCCGUGCCAGCUUGGUCAGAGAUGCUGUACCAUCUUCAUUUGACAAGAGCUACCACCUUCUAACCCUGAAAAACAACGGCGGCCUUGUGAUUCCAUCACAAGGCACAGUGAAGGUGCUGAGAGCUGCAGAGAGGGUGAUCCGCCAAGCUUCAACAAUACAAGUUCCUAAGGUGUCGACAGUCACACACAUCGCAACGGAAGACAUUUUUCUGCUUGGGGAACACAUUGAGGAGACACAGUUUGGCAUUGACAACCACCAUUCAGACCUGUUGUCAUUGGUUGUGGCCGUGUUUCUAAAAAUAAGGCUGCACCACAUUGCCAAACUCACCUCUGUGGAACUGCAGAAAGGGAACACAAGAAAGAAGCUCUGCAAAACAGUCUUCUUUCAGGGGUUUUAGUGUGUGUGUGUGUGUGUGUGUGUGUGUGUGUGUGUGUGUGUGUGUGUGUGUGUGCACGUGUGUGUGUGUGCGUGCGCCGGGAUUUGAUUGAGGUUUUGAAACUUGUCUAACUAACUUAUGUUGUCAAUUAAUUGUAGCGUUGACCGGCAUGAAAUCUGCCAGUCGCCGGUCAUGGCCAAGCACGGGAAAACCGGCCAAUUCCGGUCAUCGGCCGGUCUAUCGGUGCAUCUCUAAUCUGUACCUUUAACCUUACUCAUCACACUAGUAUCUUUAUGUCAUAAAUGUCAUUAGUCCGACAAGAUUAACACUGGCAGUGAAAGCACUAGCAAUGGCUUAAAACUGCCUGGAAACAGUGGAAGACACGGAGUCUGUCACAUUAUAUGUGAAUACUGCUGUAAGUGUUGGGUCUGUAAAUACCUCUGUUUGUUUGUGUUUCAUGAACUCUAGCCUCAUGGUGUGUGUGUGUCUCCAGGUAUCAAAAUUUUGCUCUCCUUUGCCUCACACUGGGUUUGCGAGAUUGUGUAUAGUGAAGUUUAUCUGUACGUUAUUUCUGUGUUUGUGAUUGUCUUUUAUCUUAUCUCUUUCGCUCGGGUUCUGUAAAGCACUUUGUAACUGUAUUUUGAAAAUUGCUACAUAAAUUAAGUUUGCAGACUUUUCAAGGGAGUUAGUAAAUGUAAAUGUCCACUUUUCAUUUCAUCCUGCUAUUUUAAACACAGUACUGGUACGCGUGCAUGCGUGUGUUAGGGGUGCAUGAUAUAUCGACUUAAUAUCGUUACUGCAAUAUAUCAAAAGUUGCAAUAAGUAUGCAAUAUUUAGUUUAUUUUGUGGAGCGAUGUGUCUCGUCCGUUGGCUGUGUGGCUUAGUUGUGUUACAUUUAGAGCCCACUUCAAAGGCUAUAAUGAUCAUCAUUUCAUUGGCCAGUUACCGGGCCACUU